AUGCCUUACUCUUCCACCCCGGAGGUGUCAACCACGCCUCUCGCGGACUACUUUUGGAUAGCUGGCGUGGAUGGCACGGAGGUACUAGAGACCUUUCGAAGGUUGGGCGAUGAAUAUAGGGCAAACAGCGCCACUUCUCCCGGUCCCGCUCUCACAGAUACCAUCGAGGAGGAUGCGGACGCUGAGGAGGCUCACGACCCCCGUCUUGACGGGCUCUCGAGACCCAAUUCGACUUUACCCGGCCGGAACUCAUUUCAGCGAUUCUCGAUGCGCUCGGAAAACUCCGCCGAGGGAAACGCGAACGGCUCCAACAGCAAUCGGAGCAGCUUGACGAUCAAGGGUGCGCAAUCCCCCCGGGGCUCGUCAUUUCUGGAGGACUUCGACUUCGACAAGGCGCUGUUCAAGUUCGCGUCCGAGAGGGACUCGUUCCUAUCCGACCUGAGCCUCAGUGCCGGGCCAUCACUCCCGCUUCACGCCCCGAAGAUCACCUCGGAGGAGACUCCGUCACAACCGUCGAGCCUACUACGAUCUGGGAUCGGUAGCGUACGACGACAUAUGGCCUUUCGGGAUAUGAACAGUAUGAAGCGGCAGCCUUCGGUUGCCCGUCAGGCGUCCAUUCGUACUUCACGGCGUCUCAGCAAUUACAACUCCGUCAUCCCCGCUCCGCAACCCCUAGAAUUCUCCCCCACGAUGCACCCCCUGAAACGGAGAUUCGAGCCCGUUCUUCUCGAUCGAUAUCCAACAAAAGGUAUGACGGAGGAGCUGAAGCAGCGCGGAAACUUCCCGGAUUAUGUGCCGAUGUUUGCCUUUCCCAAUGAUAUCAAUAUCGUGUCUUCCGACCAGCGGCCUCGAUCCACGUGGCAUGGGUUUACCAUGACGACUGACAACGGGUCGCGACUGCAUGCAAUCUGCGUGAUCAUUUGGAUCCCCCUGAACCAACGAGCGGCCGAAGAGUUGGAGAAGCGCUGUGAAGAGUGGAGGAAAGAGAACAUGACGGACGAGGAGCGAGAGCUGGCGGCCAGUCUUGGGGAACGGCUGGCCUCCGAGCGGGCCAAGCUGUCAAGACUCCUGGCGCAGCUUCCCACCGUAGCGUCCGGGUCGGAGUCGAGAGAACAGUUGGAGGAUGAGAUCAGCGCUGUGGAGGAGAAGAUUGGACUGAUGACCGAUCUGCUGCGGCCGGUGCGUCUCGGGGCGGCGUCAAAGAUUGAAGGGUUGACCGACGGAGAAACCGGUUUCUGGAUUCCACGCGCAUAUGGUAUUCUGGGGCGUGAGGAGAGCAUGACUAGCUUCUGGAAGGAGUGGUUGAAGGCCAUCAUUGUGCCCAUGACCGACGGCGGCGUUCAGCGAGUCCCUCCCAGCUCACCGCGCAUGGGUGUCUGGCAACCAUUGGAGCGAUACGUGAUGAAUCUGUGCACCGAGGCAUUCAGCCCCAACUCGUCCAAGACGCAGGUCGAGCUGGCAGUCCGGGAGCUGCGCCUCUUCGCGCGGAAGGAGGCAGUCAAUGAGCUGCCCGGAUCCAGAAACACUGAUCUCUAUGCGUUGUUCCGGACGCUGUCCCUGUCGAACAUCAUCAUCCUGUUCGAGUACGCUCUUACCGAGUCCCGCAUCAUCUUUCUCUCGUCCCACACGUCGAUGCUCUACCUGGCCACCAGGGCCCUGGUCGACCUGCUCUUCCCGCUCCAGUGGACCGGCGUGCUGAUUCCGGUGCUCCCAGCACGGUUGAUCCAGGCCCUGGAGGCCCCAUGUCCGUACAUUGUGGGCAUCGAGCGUCGAUACGAGAAGGUCGAAUUGCCGUCCGAUGACUUUGUCCUGGUGGAUCUGGAUGCCGACGUUAUCGAGAGCACGGUGCAGCCGACGCCCCUGCCGCGUCAUCAGCGCCGGAAGCUGCUGUCGCUGCUCCAGCUUGCCGCGCCCCACCACAGUCGCUGCGCGGUCCCCACUGGCCCUCCAGCUUACGCAAUCGAGACGUUCCCCUUUGACGCGUUUAUGUCGGAAAACCCGUCCAUCUUCAACGCCCGGGCGCAGUCCACGCAACUGGCCAAGUAUGUCAGUCUCAAUUCGAGUGCGUUUGGCCAACAGCCUGCGAUGCCGACUACGUUCCAACCACCCAUCUUCAACGCUUAUCUGUAUGCACGUAACGAGCAAGCUGCGUACAGGGGCUUCUCAUCCAAAGGCUCCGACCGACCGAGCACCGGGUCCACGUCCAAAACCGGGUCACCACCUUCCCCGAGGGACAACUCGCCGACCUCGGGCCACUUCCCGCCCAGCUCCCGGAACGAUUCGGGUAUGGCUCUGCAGGCUUCGCUGCGGGAGAAACGGUCGGGUCAUUUUGAUGCCUCAUCCCGGCGAAGCUCGUCCUUUGGAAUGGAGAUGAGGUCGGGUGUUCCGAGACGGCCGAGUGCUCCUUUCCUUGGUCAUGCGCCCAACCUGUCGGUCACGACGUUGAACACGGAUUACAACUCGGGCUCCACCUAUGCACCGUCCGUCUAUGCUCAGUCCACGGUGGCAGCCUCGACGAUUGUGCCGCAGUCUGUCGCGCAGCCCAUCCAAAAUGCAGAAGGCACGUGCUGGGUUGAGGGCCACUGCCUCCAGGUGGUCCCGGCCGAUGACAAGGCCGUCUGUGCCGUGUGCGAUGAGCGAGCGGAGGACGGCAUGUACAGGUGCAGUGCCUGCAAGACCCUGGUGCACAACCGGUGCGCUCUCCAGAUCUGUCUGGUUUGUCCUGCAGCGUUCCACCCCGAGCAGGUUCGGGCCGCCUUUGUCAGAUGUUUCGCCAGCCUGUUUUACACUUACAAGAAGUUCCUUCAACCGGCCACGGGCGACAAGAAAAAGGCGGGUCUGACGUACAGUUUUAAUAUGGAAGCCUUCUUGAAAAGCCUGCCUAGCGAGCAUGCGGAGUACAUUGCGGUCCUGCAGCACACACAAGGGUUUAACGAGUUCAUUGGGGAAAGAGAAAGGGUGAAUCCCAAGUCAAAGGACCCCCGACUGGCCUUGUUCGAUGAGAUUGUUCUGUCCAAACGGAACCGGGGCCGUUCUUCGCUGUUCUCUAGCCGUACCAUGACCGAUUUCCUAUCCGAUACCUCGAACCAUCUCUGGCGAACAGCCAGUGCGACUUCGUUUCCACCGAGCAGCAGGGGCCAGCAGACUCUUUCUGGGGAUUACACCCGCAUUGUCACUAGGGCCCCAGCAAAGCUCGACACCAGCCUGAUGAAGGAACCGCGCAUGAUCAAUGGAGCGCCGCGGGUCUCAAAGACGGCCAACAAUGCUCGCCGGAAGCCGCUUCCUAAUCUUAUGAACGGGCUUGCUAUCUCUCCUCCUUAA